GGACUUGUCCUUUUAAGGUGGAGGCAUCUUAUUGGCCUUCUUCCAUGCGGAACUGCGUAAUGUACUUGCAAGCGGAAGGCAGCACGCAUGCUCGUCCUAGAACUGGCCGCCGGGAGGUGACUGAAAUCAGCUGACGGCAACCUUCCAGGGGCGGAACAAGAUGGAAGGUGCCUUGGAGCACCAUUUAGAAGACACAAUGAAGAAUCCUUCCAUUGCGGGAGUCUUAUGUGCUGAUUCUCAGGGACUAAACCUGGGUUGUCGUGGCACCCUUACAGACGAACAUGCAGGCGUGAUAUCUGUUCUGGCUCAGCAGGCAGCCAAACUAACGUCUGAUCCAACCGAUAUUCCUGUCGUUUGCCUGGAAUCAGAUACCGGUAAUAUCAUGAUCCAGAAACAUGAUGGCAUCACAGUGGCAGUGCACAAAAUGGCAUCUUGAUCUCAUCCUGCAGCGCGUCUUCUUGCCCUUCAGUAACUCACUAUUGUGGACUGCCUUUCUCCUUCACAUUCGAUACGGAUUUUAUAUCCGGCGUCAUUAGAGGAACCCAGUUGCUUCCGACUGCAAAUACGUUCCAUCUUAAGUUCACGCAGGAAUCCGGUUCAUCUUAAUAUCUGAUGCCUUAUGCCACCAAGCCUGGAAAGCUUUUUUGCUGUGGAGCUGCAGAAACAACACCUCGGCAGCUGCCCCAUGUGUGCUAGAAGAGGAAAAUACACUGCUUGUUUGGUGCAGUUUUGACUAAAUUUCUGUAUGUUCCAUUUUGUAUUUCUGGCUGUAAUGUUCUUUCUUCGUGAACGAGAUACCCUGAUAUUUACAAAUUCAUAUUUUGCAAACAUUGUUAAAAUUUGCCUAGGAAUGUGAUGGAAAUAGUCAUGUAACUUCUCUCAAUACAGUUAUUUAUGCUUCUAAGUGA